GUUUUCCACCACUAAAGGCACUAAAAAAAUGGCUCUAUCUCUAAAUUCUAUUCUACAUUCAUCGAUAUUUUCAGCUGUUCAUUUCACAAUGAAUAUUAAUUCAAUUAAAUAUUAAAUCCCCGAUUGUGAUUCCCAGCGUUUUAUAGUACUAGUAAGGAACAAAAAGAAACAAAACAUUUUUUUCUCAGAACUCAGAAGGACGUUUUGGAUAUUAUAUUUAUUUCACCUAGUUAUCUGGAAUAUCCUUGAGAAGGUUGUGUAUAUGUCCAAUGUCUGCUACAUUUGCUCAACGAGGCCCUAGGCCACCUCCUGAUCCCAAGCAGAUCCAACGUUUAUUAGAUGAGAAUGGGCAUUUAAUACAAACCAUCCAAGAUUUUCAGAGUAAAGGAAAAUCUCAAGAGGUGAUGCAGCUGCAAACGACUCUACACAGGAAUUUAGUAUUUCUAGCCACUGUAGCUGAUUCUGCACAAAAUGUUAACGCCUUAUUACCUAUGAUUCAACCUCCAGGACCUAGUGGUGGUAUGCCACAGCCAAAUCACCCUACUCCACCAACAGAUCAACAACAUAACAUGAACAAUUUCAAUCACCAACAACAGCCACCAGGGCCUCCCACUGGACCAUAUAGGCCACCACAACAAGCACCCCAACGCCCAGGGCUGCCUGCCCCCCAUCAGUACCCUCAGAGAGGAUAUCCACAAGGGCAGUACCCCAACCAGUACCAACAGCAGGCCACAGGGUAUCCACAAGGACAAUAUCCACCACCAAAUCAACCACCUGUAUAUCCUCCCAACACUGCUCAAGGAAAUUAUGGGCAACCUCAGACAACUGCUGCCCCUCACAAUAAUUAUCAACAACCAGGUUACGGUGGACCACCACCUAGUGGAAACCCCCCGCAGCCGAAUCCAGCCCCUGGACCUUACCCUCCGCCCGGCGCCCCGAACCAAACCCCUCCAACCCAAUACGGCACCCCUCCCAACGGGGCUCCCUACCCCAACAGCGCGCCACCGCAGAACUACCCGCCUCCAUCCCAACAGGGUUACCCCGCCCCGCAAAGCUACGGUCCGCCGCCCGCGAACCAAUCCCAACCCGCCCAACCGCCCUACCCGAACCAACCCAAUCCCGCCCCGCAAAAUUACGCGCCCAACAACCAGCAGGCGCCGCCCUUCUCCGGUCCUCCGACCAACAGUUCCUCUUCCGCCGUCACUUCCGCUCCGGUCACGGCUCCCCCGCAACCGGCAACGUCGCAACCCUACCAACCCCCCUACCCUCCCAAUUCGCAGCCUACCAACGCGGGGUACACUUCGCCUCCGAAUCAAGGAUACCCUUCGGGUCCGGCGGGGCCGCCCAAUGCGUACGGAUAUCCGCCCCAGGCUGCCGGUUAUCCGCCCCAGCCGCAGUAUGGGCAGCAGGCGCAGGGGUACCAAUACCGGCCGCCGGGCAAUCAGGGACCUCCGGGGCCGCCGCCGCCUCAAGGGCAGUAUUCAUACAACUACCCGCCACAACCGAAUCCACAGUGAACACGUUGUUGUGGGUAUGAUGGAUGGUAUGAUUUU